AUGGAUUAUCUGGUUUCUUUAUCGUCAGGAACGGGAACCAUGGUGGAGUUGUUUUUUUCGUCGAAAGUGCACACAGUAGAUUUUACACCCUCAAGAAUAUCUACAGAUCCAUCAACUUGCAAAGUAGGAACGGGAAGAACCAUGGUGGAGUUGUUUUUUUCGUCGAAAGUGCAUACAAUAGAUUUUACAGCCUCAAGAAUAUCUACAGAUCCAUCAACUUGCAAAGGGCUACAUAGUGGUGAAGAGACCAAGUGUCACGUUGAAAGAACUCGAAGUACUUUUUAUAUGGAAUGCUUUCCAUAG